UCUCAAUUCCCUCCCACUUCAACUCAACUCCACUACCCAAAAAAGCGCUUAAACAAAAUCAGCUUUUUUCGUUUAACAAUGGUUUCCCCACAUCAAAGCCCCGAAGAAGAAGCACCUAUCCAUGGCGAUGUUUUAGAAGCCAUAUUCUCGCUCGUGCCACUCAUCCAUCUUGUUCCAUCUUGCCACGUGUCAAAAGCUUGGAACAGUGCUGUCUUCUCAUCACUCUCCCACGUUAAACAAAUCAAACCAUGGCUCAUAAUUCUCUCCCAGACAACACUCUCUUCGCGCGUGAACAUCGCUCACGCUUACGACCCUCGCUCCCACUCGUGGCUUAAGAUAAUCAAACACCAGCCGUUGAUCAAUAAGCCUUGUGAAAUUCCAACCGUUAGAUCAUCCCAUUCAACUCUGCUUUACACGAUAACCCCUUCGGAAUUUACUUUUUCACUCGACGCGCUUCAUCUCGACUGGCACCAAGCGCCUGCUCCGCGCGUGUGGAGAGUGGAUCCAAUAGUAGCGCGCGUUGGUAAGCGCGUGGUUGUUUCUGGUGGCGCGUGUGACUUCGAGGAUGAUCCUCUUGCUGUUGAGAUGUACGAUAUGGAGAAUCGCGAUUGGAUCAUGUGUCCUUCGAUGCCUGCAAUGCUUAAGAGCGCGUCAGCGUCCAUGUGGAUAUCAGUCGCCGUCGUCGGAGAAACGGUUUACUUGACGGAGAAGAAUUCCGGUUUGACGUACUCAUUCCAUUCUGUUAUGAAGGUUUGGGAAGGACCGUACGAUCUACGUCCUGAUGAGAGCGUGUUCUACUCCGUUACCGGUACGUUGUCGGAGAAACUAACGGUGGCCGGAUUGGUGGGUGAACCGGGGAACGUGAGGGAAGUAAAACUAUGGGCGGUUAAGGAGGAAUUAGGUUCGGGAAUGGAGGAAAUAGGUUCGAUGCCGAAGGAGAUGGUGGAGAAGUUAAAAGGUGAUUCGGAGUUUGGUUCGGUGGAAGUGGUUUGGGUUGGUAAUUUUGUUUACUUGCGGAACACGUUAGUACUUGAGGAACUUGUUGUGUGUGAGGUUGUGGAUGGGAAGAUGUGUGAGUGGAGGAGUGUUAAGAACGCGGCGGUGGACGGCGGAACGAGGAUGGUGUUAUGCGGCGGUGAUGUGCGGAUGGAGGAUUUGCAAAGAGCGGUUAUGUCGGAGAAACAGACAUUUUGCAUGAAACAACUUGAAAUGUAGCGGUUGGCUUGGCGAGAUUAUCCUUUCAUGUUUUUUUUUUUGUUUGUUCACUCUUAAUUGAAGCGGUUGCCUUUUUGAAUUCAUAUGUUUUUUUACAAUUAAUGUGAAGGAAACGCAUGUGGCAAAUUCUAUAGACAAAGAUUGAUAAGAAAUGUUGCUUAUGACUAUCCAUUCACACAAAUUACAAAUGAAAUAUGAAAGUGUUUUCAUUAAAA